AUGCAUAUUAAAAAAAUGAUCAUUUAGCUGACACACUAACUAAUAGAUGAUGAGAAUAGUAAUGACAAUAUUGAGAAUUUGAGAAAUUUUUAAUUAGAUUUGGAUUAUAGUACUGAUUUUGAUUAAAGAGAAACAUCAUCAGACAGACUAAUCUUCUUCAGAUAUCUAACUAGAAAAGGACAAUUCAUAUCUAAAUCUAAAUAAUAAAUAUGA